AUUCCUUUUUCUAAAACACAAUGCAAGACAGUUCAAAGUCAUUCCUUAUCAGGGAUCUCCUGGGUGACCUCAUUGACUCUCGCCGAAAUCACUUGAUGAAUCAUCAAGAUAAUCCAAAUGAAGAGUCCCAACAGUCAGGAUGCACAGAUGAGGAGAACAUGGAAAUUGACAUAGAGGAUCGCUCCUCACCUGAGUCCACCAUCACUGGUAACUUCCCACCGACUUCAAUUGUGUCCACUAGCUCUGAUAUGGGUAUCAUGCAUGGAAAAGUUGGUCGGAAGCCUCGACGGCGACGAACUGCAUUCACACACGCUCAGCUAGCAUUCCUAGAGCGUAAAUUCCGAUGUCAGAAAUAUUUAUCUGUGGCUGAUCGCAGUGAUGUGGCAGAUUCGUUGAAUCUGUCAGAAACACAAGUUAAGACAUGGUAUCAGAAUAGAAGGACCAAGUGGAAGAGACAGAAUCAGUUACGUCUCGAGCAACUUCGACAUCAGGCGUCUAUGGAGAAAGAUCUUAUGGGAAGCGAAUCACAAUUGACUCAACCGACAAUUUCUUGCUGCUCCACCACAUCUCUUCCAUCAUUUUCUCAGUCUCCGUGCAAUUUCCUCACAAGUGCGGCUGCAGCGGCAAUUUUCCGGAAUGUGGGCUAUGUUCCAGGUUGUCCUCUCUAAGCCCGCCGGAUGAGUCAUCGCGAUGUCUGUGAACGAGAAUCUCAAAAUACAGUGCAAUGAAGGUGGCAUGAAGAACCAAAUAGCAUCAUUUCAUCGAGAUAAAGAUAUAAUUUGGGAUGAUUAUCAAUGUUAUGUCUAAUUCAGUUAAAAGAAAAUACAUCCUUAUUCACAUGU